UAUUAUUUUAUUUUUUAUAAUCAGCGAUCUUUCUCACCCUAAUUAGGGGUAGUACUGGCAUUCCCAAGUGUUGAGAUGGUUGAAAGAUUGGAGAUAGCUCCUCCGUUCAUAUUUGGUUGAGAAGUGAAGUAAAUAUGCGUGUGCAAAUACCUCCACCACCUUUAUCAUAAUGAAUAUAUAUUAACCAUGAUGUGAUAGAAAGAGAGAGAUAAAGAUAAAAUGAAGAUAGAGAAAAUUGGAGUAUUCACGUAUAAUUGUUGUAUAAAUUUAUGAUAAAUUUUUUUGACAUGCAUUAAAAGAUUUGAAGAAGAGAGACAAAGAGGAAGAAGAAAAUGCCAAUAAGAAAGUAUUUCUGUGAAUAUUGCGAAAAGCAAUUUCAAGACACACCUUCCGAUCGGAAACGCCACAAUGCAGGCAUUCAGCAUCAACAAGCCAAAGCUCGAUGGUAUGAUUCUUUCAAGCCUCAACAACAACAAAACCCUACUCCACGAUCUAAUCAACCCUUCUGCCUUCACUUCGUCAACAAGGGAUUUUGUCGUUUUGGUGAUUCUUGCAAAUACUUUCAUCCCAAUACACAGCAGCUGCAGCAGCCAGGGAAUGUAGCAGGAGACAGUAUGAGAACACGGAUGGGAGUGUCGUUGGACAAUUUACCUCCUUCGCUGCAGCCUCCACCUGAAGGUGGAUACCCCGAACUCCCCUUUGUCGACUGGGGUUAGAUUUGUAAUUGUAUGUCAGACCUAAUAUUAGGUGGAAAUAAGGCUCAAUUGCAAUUGAGAGACCAUUAAAUAAGUUGAUUAUAUGUGGUUUUUUAGCAAGGUGGAGAUGAAUAAAGUUGCUUUCAGAAUAAUUGUUCUAAUCUGAUAUGUCGAUUUUAGCCUCCUUUACUACAAGGAUGAAUACUUAUUUUUACCUUGUUAUGCUGUUUCCACCACUGCUCUAUACACAUUUACAAGAGACAACUUCUCUCAUGAUUUCUGGAA